GUCAGCUGUCAAUGUCAUAAGGAACAGCUGUUUGUUUUUGUGUACCUGUCCUUGUUAUAAUUUUGUCAAUUAUCUCCCAAAAUGAACGAAGAAAUAGAUGAAUAUGACAUAUAUCACCAAGAUUUCACUACUGUUUCGGAGUGGGAAGUGUUUAUUGCACGUAUAGAAGAGAUUUUGGGCGAAUGGCGAUUAGCAAAGUCUUCUAUACCCAAAUCUGCAGUAGAAUACACAAAGAAAUGGAUUACAAAGACUGAAGAAAUUCUGUUUCUUGGCCAAAAAUAUACUCUAAGCUACCACACACUCGAUUUCUCAAGGAGUAGUGAUGAUUCUGAAGGAUCUGAAGAGAAACCACUAAUGACUCAUAUACAUAAUGGGCUUUGGGAGGCCACCUCUAGCUUCAUGGAUGAUGACGACGGCAGCCAGUUCCCUGUGUCUAACUGGUUCGGUUUAAAAAGAUUUCUUGUACUUUAUCCCAGUUUCCCACUUGUAGAUGGCAGCCUUAUUAAACUAGUCAUGAGUAGUGCAAACAUAGCAUUUGCAAAUGUGGACUGUGGAGUGCCGUUCUUUGUUAAAAUAAGGGAACACUGGCAACACACAUAUCUAGGUUUUUAUGAAGAUAAUCAGUAUAAAAUUAGUUUUGAUACAAUACAUUUAAAAAGGAUAUCAAACCAAUGCUCUCACUUGAGUGGUCUUGUUAGCCUGUUUAAGUCUAAAAUUGCCUCACCUGUAGCUCUAGAUGCUGUUGUAGUCUCAACAAAAUUUUCUUAUGAAUUAAAAGACUUUGAAGCAUUUACUUGGAAGAAAACUACACACUCCAAUGAAUUUUUGUCUAUAGAUGGUUUUGAUGUUAAAAAACUAAUUGAACUACCUUUUGGUUCUGAGAAGAAUCCUACAAGCAGUGUGUUGUUGAAUGCAAUAUGGCCCAAGUUCAGAGAAUGUACAAUAGUUGAAUCUUCAACUUUUUCUGAUAUAGAUCCACUGAUGGCUCCGACAUGGACAAUUACUCUCAAAAUGAGGGAGAAAAUUAACUGUCAAUUAUCAGAUAUAAUACAGAAAAUGAUGAAUCUGUUAGAGGACAACAAUUUAUUGAUGGACACACUUGGAUUGAGUCGAAGCUUGGGUCUAGUGAAUCCUUUACACAAAAUUACUGAGGCACCAAUAACCAUAUCAAAGUUAGUUAAAGCAGCUAUAGGCCAGGGCCGUAAUACAUCGGAGUUCAAGGGACCUAUAGCUGAUGACCUGCUCAUGCCUCUGCUAUAUUACAUAUUCCCUGAUGCUGUUGAAGAUGACACAUUUAAUUAUACAGAACAGUUAGAAGUUGAAUUCAAACAGGACUCAUCUGAGCACAAGCUAUGCAGCUAUGUGAAGACUAGUCCUGAGGACGGGCUUGUGUGGAGGUUGUCGGUGACGGCGGCGCGCCUGUACGACGCCGGUGGGCUGGCGUACCUCGCGCAUCUGUGGUACGAGUUCGCUCAAGAGUUGCAGUACCGAUGGGAGCGGCGCAUACUCGUCCCAGGUGUUGCCGCCGGGAUUCCCAACGCGCGCACAUGCUUACUGCACCAGAAGUUGCAACUGCUCAACUGUUGUAUAAAGCGGGCGCUGGAGGGAAGCAGCAGUUUCGCGGGCAACUCUUCUGAAGACGAGUUCUUCGAUUGCACUGACGAUGAAGAUGGCGAGGAACAGCCGCUGUGGGACCGGCCUGCGGGACGACUCAACCGACUCGGUGAAGCAAUGCUUAAGAAUGGCGCCCCGCUUUUCGUGCCUAGAACUCAGGACCCCGCGCCUAAGACUGAGGAUCAGUUGGAAGAAGACGCCGAACUGAUGGUGCGUCUAGGUGACGACGCCAAGGCUUCUGAACUUCGGGCACGGAUGAUGAGUGCUUCGCUCCUUUCGGACAUGGAGGCGUUCAAAGCAGCCAACCCUGGGGCUGAGCUGUGCGACUUUGUGCAGUGGUAUUCCCCACGUGACUGGAAACCGGAAGGUGGUGGCUCCCUUGGGGAUCGCAUGCUCUUACCCGGAAAUCCAUGGGUAGAGGCAUGGAGUGUGGCGAGACCAGUGCCCGCGUCGCGUCAACGUAGACUCUUCGACGAAACCCGCGAGGCUGAACAAGUCUUACACUUCCUUCGCUCGCGAACCGUAAGCGGCGCGGCAGAACUUCUACUACCGGCUAUCUUAAAGGCCGGAGCAAUUAAGGCUAUAGAAGAAGGAGUUACGAGUGGGACUAACUCAGUUGGUGGUGUUGACCAACGCAGAACGUACGAGAUAGCGGCGAGGGAUUUGUACGAGGCGGAGAAAGAAGCAUGUCGGGCUUUGUGUAUGCGAACCGUGCUGGGCAGUAGUGUCGAGGGUAAACCGCUGGACUCUUCUGGCAGAGCGAGGGUCUUACAUGCGACAGGCGGGUCGCUGCCGGCCCCCGUGCGCAAGGAGUUCACCCUGCGGGUGAAGGACGCGGUGGCGCCGCAGGUAAUGCGCGCGGCGCUGGCUGCCGACAUAACUAUCGUGGGCGCGUUCACAGAGCGGAUCGUGUGUUUGUAGCAUACCUCGCCUUGUGUUCCAUUCCUUAAUGAUGCCCUCCUACCAGGCUCAUAGACUUUGCUAAGUUGUCGAGACAAUUAUUUUUGUUUGGCAGUGCGAGGGGGAUAGCAUUUGGUUGAUAAGGCGAGUGGGGCAUUUUUGUUCCUCCUCAAAUUCGGCAUUCGGAUGUUACUGUUAAUUAUAAUAUCAUGCGUACAUUGUUAACGGCUUGUAUAAAUUGUUGAAAUAAUUUUAAGUGGAUAAGUAUAUAAGUUAUAAAUAUGAAAGUUUAAUUAAUUACGUUAUUAUUCUUGCAAUAAUUAAUUAUUGAUUUCCGCAACGAAUUGUGCAGGUUAGUGUAUUCUUCAUCAUCAUUUGGAUAAUAUACUGUUAAUUUUAUACAUUCACUUCUCUAUUGUGUUUCUUUAUAAAUUUCUACUAAUUUCUUUAAAUACAUCUUUACAACUGAAAA